UACACGUGCGCGCCAUUCUUAAGCCAAAUUAACACGUUUACACACACAUCGACAAUUUUACGAUGUGAUUUUAAAGUUUAACAUUAUUUUGGUGCACACCGAACGUAUUAAAUAGUGAUCUUCGUUGAAUUACCCACAUAACCUAAAAAUGUCCAUAUUCUCGCAAAACACGAAAACCUCCAGUGUGAGGUCUUCGAUCCUUAAAAAGGGGACGAACUUAUCGAAGAGAUUCAGCGAAAUUAACACCCAACCCAAAGUACGAUUCGUAUUACCGCAUUCGAAAAGGGUGCACAACAUAUUGAUCGAAGUCACUAGGACUGGCUCUUCGAGGGACUAUGAGAACUUAUUGGUGCUUCUAAGAGACGCGGAGCUGUUGGACGACGAUUUGUCUUCGUUACUGAAGGAGGCGACGCAAUGUAUAAGUCUGUUGAACAGAGAUUUAAGGCUGUUUGUCGAAGCUAUACUCGGUGUGAGAUGGGUGGAUCGGAACAAAAGUGUAGUCAGCGAAUAUCAGUCUUUUAUUGUUAAUUUAAUUUCCGCGCAUAACUAUCACGCGAAGUUUGUUAUAGAUAAACUAGUUUUUCUUUAUAUACCAGAUUCUAGUAAAUGUGAAUGGCCUGAUGGUGUUCCCCUUGACUCUGAUUGUUUAAAAUUCGUGAAUAUCCAUUAUUUGUUAAAUAUAUUAUUAGUAGUUGUUCCAAUGUGUAAGGAAUUAUUGUUGCAUUCUCUACGACACCAUUUCCCUUACCACACUAAGUCUACUCAUAUACAUGAGUGCUACUUGCAUAAUUUGAUAUGGACUAUGGAAUAUCAGCCCAGUUUUCGAUCAGAAAUAUUACAUCUUAUAUUUUCCAAACUGGUUAUUAUGGAUGUAAAUGCACCAAAAGGGGACAUUGAAAAAGCCGCAAAUUCAGGCAGUGAAGAGAUUUUUCUUAUGGAUGAUGACACUUGUUCGGUAAAAACAAGUUCAUCACACAAUAUUGCGCAUACUUUAGAUGUAUGCUUAGCCAAAUUAUAUAACUACAUUAUUGAAGAAUGCCAUUCACCUGCUGGUGAGUUGGAUUGGAAUAAAACUAAAUCUUUGUAUCAUGAUCUAAUAACAGUAUUUGAUAAAGUUAUUUUGCCUACUUACAACACCCAUCAUGUGCAGUUUGUCAUGUUUGUGAUGUGCAGCCUAAAAUCCUCAAUAACAGAGGCUUUUUUGAACUACUUAUGGAAGAAGGUAUGCAACCCCUGUGUUGCUCCAGUUAUAAGACAAGCUUCUGUUAAUUAUAUCGCCAGUUUGAUCGCCAGAGCUAAUUAUGUACCCUUUUUGAUGCUGAAGGGAACGCUACAGCAAAUGGCGGACUGGGUUCACUCGUACAUAGGCACGCAGGACGGCUUGGAGUACAUAAACUCUGACGUCAGAGUGCACUCGGUCUUCUACAGCGUGUGCCAGGCCUUAUUCUACGUCGUGGUGUUUCGCAAGAAGGACCUGCUGCGAACGAAGAAGGACAUCAUUUUCCUGGAAAGCAUGAACCUGGCCAAGACGGUGACCUGUCGGUUGAACCCCCUGAGGGUCUGCCAGCCGGCGGUGGCGCAAAAUUUCGCCGCCCUAACCAGGAAGUAUCAGCUGGCGUAUUGCUAUUCGGUGAUGGAGCAAAAUUCCAGGAACACCAUUCCCACGAUAUACCAGGACGAGAAAGGCGCGAUCGUCAUGUCCAAUAACGUUUUGGACGCUUUUUAUCCCUUCGACCCGUAUGUUUUAGAAAGAUCAAGUCAGAAAAUUCAACUCUUGUACCGCGAAUACAAAGAAAAGCGGAAGCAACGCAGGGAGACGGAACAAAUGGAAAUCACGGAAGCGGAAGUGGACGAUUUUCUCUACCAGGAAAAUCCGCACUCAUCCUCGUACAAAUUUUCCUACGGGAGUUCCCCAGGGUUCAAAUUUAAAGGUUAACAAAUCUUUGAAGUUGGACUGAUGAUAACUCUGUGAUUUUAUUUUUUUGUAAUUGUUGAAUGAUAUGGGAGGAAAUAAAAAGAUAUUAAAU